AGGCAGCUGCGGGCUUCGGCCCACGGCUUCACGCUCCAGCGAGUCACGCAUCCUGGGUGACACGAACGCCCAGCCUGGGGCCUGGCCCUGGAUCGUCAGCAUCCAGAUUCCCUGGGCUGAGGGCACAGGGCACAUAUGUGGAGGGUCCCUCAUCAGUGCCCAGUGGGUCCUCACAGCCGCCCACUGCUUCUAUGGCAGCAGCUAUGCCCUGUAUUACCGCGUGGUGAUCGGGGCCACCCAGUUGAGUCAGCUGGGCCCUGAGGCCCAAGUGCGCAACAUCAAGCGGCUGUUCCUUCACGAGCACUACAACAAUAAAACGCUGAAGAACGACGUUGCCUUGCUGGAACUGGAUCAGCCCGUCCAGUGCAGCGACUACGUACAGCUGGCCUGUGUGCCCGACAGCUCGCUGAGCGUGUCAGAGCUGACAGAGUGCUAUGUCAGCGGCUGGGGACACAUGAGCGAGAAAG